AUGGCAGACGAAAGCAAAGAAAUUUUAUCUUUAUUCGAAACCUCUAGGAAUAAAACAAAUCUAACAAGUGAAAGUACUUACUCUGUCGCUGGUGCUCUUCUACUCUCCGGAAAAUGGAUGAACGAUUGGUGGGAAAUCAGUUUGAGCAUAUUCCUUUGGAUGACUCUUUCUUUUAUGAUAAUAAGCCUUGGCGCCUCACUUCUCUCCCUUUUUACACUACGAAAGCACCCAUAUGUCUGCUUUAUUCCCAUUCCAUUUAUAAUAAUGAUGAUUGUUAUCCCUUUUGUCUUCGGUGCUCCCACUUCAAUGGUGUUAGCGUUGGCAAUGCAUGCCUCCAGAAAUGCUGUGAGCACAUGGUAUUGUGCAGUGAUGGGCAUCGUCCAAACGAUUCUGAUUUUUGUGAUAUCUGUGACACGAAUACACGCAACGCUCUGA